GUCAAUGAUCUAAAAAGACCAAUAACAAACUACAAGCAACAUUUUCCGCUUUCCAUUAAACAUCAAACAUGGCAGCCACCGUAAUUUUUAGUUCCUUCGUACUCGUGUUUACACUUACACUUUCCUUUGUUUCUGUCGCAAAUUCUACGGAUAGUUAUUACACGUCUGCGAGAGUUGAGAGCUGUAGUGGUUGCUCACUUAAUCGACUGCCAGAUGUCAAGCAAUUCAUUUUCGAGGACCUACCACAAUAGUAUCCUU